GCGCAAUCUCUCCCGCGUAUAUAUAUAACGAAUUUUUUCUUGCAGAGCAGUAGAGCACGCUAUGGAGAAAGGCGAGACCUCAACAAGCGACGCCGAUCGGCCAUGGCAAUCUUACCACACCGUAUACACCAAUGCCAAAGCUGGUAUGGAUGGAGUGGACAAGGAGAAAGUACAACGAGUGGUGUAUGAAAUGAGCAAAGGGUCUAAGUACUUUGAGAACGAGGAGCGCAAGGAGGCUUUUAUAAGGCAGAAAAUAGAAAAUAUGCGUGUUCGGUGUGCCAAGCUUAGUGCUGAAGAUAUAUCUCACUUUCAGAUGGUUGCAGAAAAACGAAUUUUAGAGCUAGAAGCUGCAAGAAACCUUUCAAGAAUUUGGAUACAUGUGGAUAUGGAUGCUUUUUAUGCAGCUGUUGAAACAUUAAGCAAUCCUUCGUUAAAGGGGAAGCCCAUGGCUGUUGGCAGUAUGUCUAUGAUAUCCACAGCUAAUUAUGAGGCUCGGAAGUUUGGAGUUCGAGCGGCAAUGCCUGGUUUUAUUGCUCGUAAAUUAUGCCCAGAGUUAAUUUUUGCUCCUACGGAUUUCAAAAAGUAUAAUUAUUACAGUGACUUAACGAGAAAAGUUUUCCAGACGUAUGAUCCUAAUUUCAUGGCUGCUGGUUUAGAUGAAGCCUACCUUGAUGUAACGGAGGCCUGCAAAGAAAGGGGUAUUACUGGUGAAGAAAUUGCCAAAGAAAUCAGAACCAACAUAUAUGAAGAGACUGGUCUUACAUGUAGUGCUGGAGUUGCAGCAAACCGUCUACUUGCAAAGGUUUGCUCUGAUAUAAACAAACCAAAUGGGCAGUUUGUUUUACCAAAUAACCGGGUGGCUGUGAUGACAUUUAUAUCUUCACUUCCUAUACGAAAGAUUGGAGGAAUUGGGAAAGUCACUGAACACAUUUUAAGGGAUGCUUUAGGAAUCAGUACAUGUGAGGAGAUGUUGCAAAAAGGAAGUUAUAUCUGUGCCCUAUUUUCUCAAUCUACAGCAGAUUUUUUUCUCUCUGUGGGACUUGGGCUUGGAGGGACAGAUACUCCUGAAGUCAGGUUGCGAAAAAGUAUUAGCAAUGAGAGAACAUUUUCUGCCACAGGGGAUGAAACAUUGCUUUAUCGCAAAUUAGAGGAACUUUCAGAAAUGUUAUCAGCUGACAUGCAAAAAGAAGGUCUUUGUGGGAGAACAUUGACUCUCAAAUUGAAAACGGCAGCCUUUGAGCUUCGAACAAGAGCUGUAUCUUUGCAAAAACACAUUUGCUCAAGUGAAGAUAUUUUAAAGCAUGCAUCAAAGCUGCUGAAGGCUGAAUUUCCUAUUUCAUUAAGGCUAAUAGGCUUGAGGGUAUCUCAUUUAAAUCUAGAGAGGGAUGGUACUCUUCUUGAUCCUACCCAGAAAACUCUGACCAACUUCUUUGUAUCAGGAGAUAAUUCCGGCAAAGAUGUAAAUGGCCAAAGACCCUUUGGCCAUGACACAAGUAAUUACUUAGUGAAUGAUGAUCAUUCUGAUUCUUUUAUUGGCGAACAUGAGACACAUCAUACAUAUAGUGAUGCGGAUUGCAGUCAUUCAUCAAUACUUGACAAUGAUAACAGUACUCUCAGCAGUAUUUCAGCUCAAAUGGACAAUAAUUUAUCAAGUGAUGUUACUGCAUACAAGGUUGAGGGCACCAGUUGCCCAAACAGAGUGACUAAUGGAGUAAACUUCACGGCAGCUGAUGCUGAGGUAGUAUCUUCAAUGGGUCAAAGAGAGUUAUUUCUAUGGGUAAAUGAUUACAAGUGUUCAAUAUGCGGGAUAGAAAUGCCACCGGAUUUUAUUGAGGAAAGACAAGAGCACUGUGAUUUUCAUUUAGCCGAGAAGCUUCAGAAAGAGGAAUCUGGCACUGGGUUUAGAAGUUCUACUUUGAGGCACAGAGAUGAACAAAAGGGUCAAAGUUCAAGCCAGAGUCAACGCAAGAAGCGCAAGUUGUCGCCGAAAGAAGGCAGACAUAUACCGAUAGAUGUGUUCUUUGUGAAGAGCAAUCAGAACUUUUAAAAGUAUGUUCUUUUUAUUUCUGCUUGUCCUGUACAUAGUUCUGUUCUUUGUCACCUAUUAUGUGAUUGUAAUACUAUAGUGCAUACAUGUAUAAUGUAUUUAAAAAAAAAAACAACGCAUUAGAACCCUCAAUAAUUUUCUUAAUUAUGUUUUUCAUGUUCAUCUAGUGCCAAGUGAAUAAGAGUACAUUUAU